AUGUGUAUGGGAUACCUUCAGGUACGUCGUUGCUUGUGGCAGGAGCUUGUGAGAGCAGGCGGCCGCCAUUGGCUAUGGGUUGAGUCACCAGGACCACACACCGUCCGCACUAAGCUAAACCGCUUUCAUCUCGCCGACGAGCUCAAUCAAAACCACCGGCUGCGCCUUGCUGGGGUACCGAUGGACAGCCAGUUGCGGCCUCAGCACUACUCCAAAGCUGGAGAACUUCCCUUGAUCCGUCUCUUGUCCCGCAACUUUUCCCUUCAACAACACCCCAUCAGCCAACUUAGGAGGAAUCCAAUAUCAUCACCCGGUUUACACCAAAUUCAUAUUGGAAAUCGCCUCGAACGAGAGCUUUCUAUCAAGUUCCUCGGUGGGAAGAUCUGGGGAUUUAGACACUUCGCCAUCACGAUAAUUCCGGGCAGCUUGAUCAAGCUUUCAGCAGACUUGGGAAACAAUCCGGUCUUAGUUACUGCAGGGAUCCGAUUCCCCGUCACCAUAUCUUCUACAUUCCGCCGCAUACCUUCCGUAGCCAACACUAUCAACGCAAUGUCCGGCGUGAUACGAAACCAGUCUACCGCUGCCUUCCAAGGCUUCUCUAUCUCUCAGCCCUUCCUUGGCGCGUCUCUGCAGUUCUACCCUGAGAUGGGCACCCAGGAACUCGACGACCUUGUCAACGCCUACCUCCCCGGCUCUGCCUCCAUUCAGGAGAAACGAGCUACCGUCUCCAUGGACUUCUUUGCAUUCUCUCAGCUCACUGGAGAGACCUUCAAGUACUAUCCCGUUGCCAGCGAUUCCAGCAGCUCCGCCAUCUCCUCUGCCGGAUCUAGCCCCAUGCAGAACUCCAGCAGCAGCUCCAACUUCGUCUCCCCUGUUAUUUCUGACUGGUCUUGGUCUCAGUCUACGCCCGGCUCAGCCUCUGCGUCUACUCCCGCGUCCCUCAGCCAGGAAUCCGUGUACUCCAAGUCGUCCAAGAGGGCCGCAUCUUCUGUGACAAAGCCCCAGGCUAACGACUUCUCCCACCUCCCUGGGAUGAAGAUCAUGACAAAGGAUGGUCGCGAUGUCACAAACUCUGCUUCUCGCGGUUGCAAAACCAAGGAGCAGCGUGAUCACGCGCAUCUGAUGCGCAUCAUCAAGGCAUGCGACGCCUGCAAGAAGAAGAAGGUCAGGUGUGACCCUAGCCACAAGAAGCGCACCACCACACAAGCACAGGGUGCGGCCGCGGCUCCAGCGCGGUCGGCGAAGAAGGCCAAGACGUCGAAGAGGGACUCGCCAGUAGCAACCGAAAGGUCACCACAACCAAGCACAUCAUUUUCAACACCAGCAUUGUUCACAGAGCCCUCACUCGCGGACCUCGACAUGCUCGAUAUGGCAGAUUCUUGGGAGUCCUUCGUUCAGUUCGAUGACGAGCCCGCCAACGUCGCGCCUUUCGAGUACGACUUCUUCUUCGACCCUGCGGGACACCUCACUCCCGAGUCAAGCCAGUCUCCCAUUACUCCCUCGAUGGUAUUCAGCCAGUCUCGGAACGGCUCCGAUGGCCUACAAGACGUGGUUGUCAGCAAGCCAUUUACCGACGAGCUCGAUGUCCGGCCACCGGCGCUUCCUUACCUGGACUCUUCCCCACGCAUCAGCAACUAUGUCGACUUCAACCUCUACUCACCCGAGCCAAGCUUCUUGGACGACGACGUUGCACUGCUCAGUGACAUUGGUACUACUAUUACCACCAAGGCCCAGAGCACGGUGUCUCAGCGCCGCAGCUCACCUCAAAGCGGCGAGUCGUCAGUUCAGCAACAAGUGCACCUCGGUCGCUCUCCGACGGCACCAGAUGAUUACUUGGCAGACGAUAUCGGAGUACCAGUAAACCGAACUGCACUGGGAGGAACCAGCGUCGCGGUCUGUCGUCACCGUCACCGUCCAUCGUCUGUAGCAGUACAUGCUGGAGUUCCGGGCGCUUUGAUGACCGUGUCUGAGUCUCAAUUGAGCCUAUCCGACGUCAAUGCAACAUCCCGCAGUGUACGCUCACAACGACCUGCGGAUCCAGCCCUGCAACCAAGCUCGCCACAAUUACUACCACUGCCACAUGCCACGUCCCGCGCUGCGGUCAAUUCUUCGGGAGUACAUGUCACCGCAUUUGGCGGCGUACUGCCAGGAGUAGUUGGCCGUUUACCAACGUCCUCAGUCAUUGCGCCCUCACGCUCCUCGACCGCCGUCGAGGAGGCGUCUUAUUACGCGCAUAUCACGAGGACAAUCAAUGGCGCCAAUGGCCGUGGAGCAAUUAUUAGCGGAAUGUCCAGCAGCGUCUCUCCGGAUGCUCAGCUCCAGCUUGCCACGCCAGAGUCGUCAGAAAGUCGUCACAACACCACACAUAGCGUCACCCGUUCCUCUGCUGGCGCCUUUGUACUAGGCGGGGUACGCAUUCUGACGGGGGCGGUUGCGGGUGGUAGCUUGACAUGCAAGCGCCGCUCUCUCGUCGACUGGCUGUCCAAGUCGCAGUGCCUGGUAUACGUGGCACUCUUUGCGACUGUACUCGGGUUGGUUGCGCAAGUCCUCAUGGUACAGGCGUUCGCCGGCCGAUUCAUUCAACUCGCUAUUGGCCUAGCGAUAUACAAGGUCUACCACUUUUACUCAAGUCUCUAUGACUCGAGACCGGAACAGAGCCAUCUUGGGACCGCCACGUCAAAGCCGCAGGGCUUGAGCGACGGCGCGAGGCUUCUCUCCCGUGUCAGCACGAGACUACGACGUACCUGUCGACAGAACCAAUCCGCACAAACCCCGGUCAACGGGGCGCGGAUAAAGGUUCUGGGCCUCGCGCAAGUUGUCGUAGUGUUUUUGUUGCUGUCUAUUGGGAGCGUUGCUAUAUCAUCGGGCAAGGUUGUGUUCUGUUGUACAGGCUGGAACCAGUAUGCUGGACACGGAGCAGUUGCUGUAUACGGACACGACCAUUCCAAAGCUGUAGAAGGGCUUGCCAAGGACCUCGGACUUCAGAUUCGUCCUUCAUCUCAACACGAACUUGAGUACCCUGAGAAGGAUACGUUCAAGUGGUCAGUGCCACCGUUUGACAGCGGGGUCACACUGAGUCAUCCUUGUUUGUCACUCUGCCACUUACUUGAAGUCCUGUUCAGGGCAAUUCUUAAACAACAAGCGCCCAGUAUCGCAUGUGGUUUCAGUUCAGGUGCUCUUCAAGGCUUUGGUCCACACUUCGUUUCAAUAGGACAAGUAUUGAAGGACAGCCUUGCCCUGGACUUCUGCAAUAGAGUCAGACAAGGAAACAUACAGAACCCUUCUGACACUCGAAAAGAAGAGCAGCGACAAAGGAAGCUCUCGCCAGGGAUUCUCCAAAUACAAGGGCAGCUUACAACAUUCUACAUUGGCCUGUAUCGAAAUACGCUAUACUUUGCGUCGGCCAAGAACCUCUCGGUCUCUUGUCUACUUGACGAGACUACCGUAGUCCAAGCAAAUAUCCCCCAUUCUCAUUUCUUCGGGAAGGCAACGAUUGUCUACAUCUCUGAAGUCGUCAAGGUAGAAAGGCAUGCAACAAGUUGGUUCCUUCCCAAAAAAUUCACCAUGAACGCUCCUGCCUCUUCAGAUGCGCCUCCAGGUGGACCUGGGCCUGAGUCUGGGCCUCGAACCGGAACACAGGACAAAGAUAGAGGAAAGCGGGCUUCGACAAGCAAGUUCCUGCAAAACAUAUUUUGCCGCCUCAAAACCUCAUUCACCCCCAACUCCAAAUCACCAUCCUCUUCCUCACCUACCUUAGCGCCCUCGUCCCAACUACCAGCAACAAAUACCGCCCAAGCACAGCCAAGCCAGGCAGGGCAGACAUCAGUGCAAGAAGACGCAGAGAUGGCUGGCGUUCUUACUCGACACAGUCAGUCGACUGAGCCUGCGCUGCCUCUAUAUCCCUCCAGCAAGGCUCCCGUUCCCGCUUCGGGAGAUGACAAGGAGAACCAGCCCAGCGCCCCGGUGGUCUCCGUUCCAGCUCCGGCCCUGAGCCGUAUGAGCCUGGAAUCCUUCGGUCGGCCGAGAUCAUCAGCCUCCAUCCCCCAGACCACGCUCACACCUCUCAGCGAAAGGCCUAUGCACCAGAUGCUAAUGGAUCAGGCAUUGGAUAUGGCUCGACUAGCACUGCGCACCAACGAGACGCCCGUUGGCUGUGUCCUUGUCCACAACGGAUCGGUCAUUGCGAGAGGCAUGAAUGCCACGAACGUAACCCGGAACGGUACCCGCCAUGCUGAGUUCAUGGCAUUGUCUGCACUGCUGUCCUACCGACCCAACAAUAGUGAGGAGGCCGUCGAGGCUCAGCUUCGCCAACAGGCCAGCGAACGUUCCAAAGUAGAUGUUCCUGACGAUGAAUCGGAUCUGUUCCCGGAUGACGACGAGUAUGUCAGGAAAGGUCACCUCUACCCUUACGGCCAGAAGCUUCAUCUCGAUCCUCGGGUCGACCGCUCUAUCGUCAGAGAGUGCACUCUUUACGUUACAGUCGAGCCCUGUGUCAUGUGCGCCGGACUUCUUAGACAGCUUGGGAUCAAGAAGGUCUACUUUGGCGCUGUCAACGACAAGUUUGGUGGAACUGGCGGUGUAUUCAGCAUCCACAAGAACUCUACAGACACCCGCCAAGACCCCAACCCAGUCACUGUUCUCAGGCCGAUCCAGAUCAAUGCAUCCAACGCUCCAAGGCCGGCAAGCUCUGCGUCGGGAAAGAGUUCCCUCAACAGCAAUCGUCCCGCGAGCCGAGGUGGCGAUGGCGGAAACGUCGAGCCAGGUUUCGAAGCAGAAGGUGGUUGGGGCCGCGACGAAGCUGUCGGUUUGCUGCGGAGAUUCUACGUGCAGGAGAAUGGAAGAGCACCAGUGCCGCGCAAGAAAGAAGGCCGCGCUGCUAGGUUGGCAGCCAUGGAACAAGCUGGAGGCGAGGGCGGAACGCCUAUGCCAUCCGAGGCUUUUGACGUCGCUGACGGCGACGACCAAGGUGCCGCUGGUAAUGGUGCUUCAACCGUCUCCAAUGGCAGUAAAGAGAGGGACGAAGCUUGA